UAAAUACCCCAAGUCAUCUGCCACAACAAAACAUUCCGCUGUCUGCCAAUUCACGGCUGUACUCAAGUAGUUACUGACAUAGAGGACGGUACAGAAACACGGAAAAUAUUUACUUUUAAGUACGCAACUUAUACUAUUGGCUUCGAUCGGGAACCUGCCUAAGUAAAAACGAAUUUGACCCGGAGUCGUAAAGGCUGUUAAGGGUGAAGUCGGGGGAGACAGACAGGAAAAAAAACAAAGAUGGCUGUGUAGCCAAAGAGACGAGUCCCAACAGAACUGUCUCAAGCCUCGGCUUUAAUCACCGACAGGUCCUGCGGGUCCCGUGGACAGUCAGCCGGUACCGGAGCAGGGACGGUAGAUAAGCAGCCGAGCCGGGCCGUCGGUGCACAUCGCCGUAAUCUGCUGUCAUUGCGAAUAACGGCGUCGAGAGUACAACAACAGCUGAGAGACGCCUGAGUUGUUUUUGUUCUGCCUGGGCAAAGGGAGAGGACUGCUGUGUUUUUGUCAACGUAGCUAGCCGCAUAGUCUGCUAGCCUCACUGUAAGUCCACAAAACUAGUCAACAGUAAAUUUAGCAGCUUGUUGUAACUACAUUUGCACAUGGUAUCGGUAUUAUACAGUCAUUGGCUUGUUCAAUUUCAAGUUCGCAAGUGGAGGUUAGCAUUAAUAAGUUAGCCUGCAUUCCUUUCUGACAGCUUACUGCCGUAGCGUUAGCCUAGCUCGCUAGCUGUCAGCUGACCGUUAGCUUGACGGUUGUGAGCUAGCUCUAAGCUAACCUGCUUAUAUUUCGGGAUUAGGCUGGUCGUGGCAGGUACAGCUCAGAAUUUUCUAGAUAGUCAUCGUCAUGUCUUCGCUGGAAGAGAGGGACGUGGGCGUUGCGGCCGCCCCUGGCUCCUCCUCGGCUGGCCUGGGGGUCGGGGCUGUGGGGGCAGCGGUGGAGGCUGUCGCCGGGGUGGCUGCCAUGCAGGAGGAGGUCGGGAUACGGCGAGAAGGGCCCGAGCCUGACCCAGACGAGCCACCCAAGAAGAGGGUGAAAGUGCCCGAGGGAGAGUCAGGAAAACUGGAGGAGAGACUGUACUCAGUGCUGUGCUGCACCGUGUGCCUAGACUUGCCCAAGGCGUCUGUAUUCCAGUGUACCAAUGGGCACCUGAUGUGUGCAGGAUGUUUUAUCCACCUCCUGGCUGAUUCUCGUCUCAAGGAGGAACAGGCCACGUGUCCUAACUGCAGGUGUGAGAUCAGCAAGAACCUAUGCUGCAGGAACCUCGCAGUGGAGAAGGCUGUCAGUGAGCUGCCGACAGAAUGUACCUUCUGCCUAAAACAAUUCCCCCGCUCAAGCUUAGAGAGACACCAGAAAGAGGAAUGCCAAGACAGGGUGACACAGUGUAAGUACAAGAGGAUUGGCUGCCCUUGGCAGGGUCCGUUUCAUGAGUUGCCAGCACAUGAGAAUGAGUGCUCCCAUCCCACCAAGACUGGUACAGAGCUCAUGGGAAUACUGGGAGAGAUGGACCAGAACCACCGUAGAGACAUGCAGCUUUACAACAGCAUCUUUAGCCUGCUGUGCUAUGAGAAAAUUGGGUUUACAGAGGUACAGUUCAGGCCGUACCGCACAGAUGACUUCAUCACUCGUCUGUACUAUGAAACGCCACGCUUCACUGUUCUCAACCAGACGUGGGUGCUGAAGGCCCGCGUUAACGACUCUGAACGCAACCCCAACCUGUCCUGCAAGCGUACCCUCUCCUUCCAGCUCAUCCUCAAAAGCAAGGUGAACUCUGCCCUAGAAUGCUCCUUUCUCCUGCUGAAGGGGCCGUACGACGAUGUGCGGAUCAAGCCGGUCAUCCACCAUCACUCCUUCAGCAAUGACGCCAAUGAGACCGACUACGUCCCUCUGCCCAUCUCCGACUCUGUGGAGUGCAACAAACUGCUGGCCGCCAAAAACAUCAACCUGCGCCUGUUCAUCUUCCAAGUCCAAAAAUAAAAGAGUGGGAGGAGGAGAGGAAGAGGAGCGAUGGAAGGCAAAGAGGAGCAUUUAAAAAAAAUAAAAAAAAUUUAAAAAAGAGAGAGAGAGAGACACCACUGAACCACUUAUACCUCUUAACACCUACACACAUACAUAAAUACACACAUACAGAUGCACACAUUCACGCAGGGUACAUCUUACACACGUUUCUACACAACACACACACACCACUAAUUACACUUACCUCCUUCUACAAGAUAGUGAGACCCCUUGCUUGGGGAGCUGUGAGUUGCUAUGGAGAUGGGUGGGCAUUGAUAUAUGGAUUGGAGAGGUGGGGUGAAACCUGCAAAAGGCACAGGUGGUAGGGGUGUAAGGGCAAAGAAAAAAGGGGGGAGCGAUGGGGGGAGGAGUUCUGAGAUGGCUGGUGGUGCACCUGUGAAGGCUCUCUGAGGUCACAUCGUCUGACCUUUCACCCCCAACACCCACCACAGCCAAAGGUAGCACACGCCGACCAAAGCGAGAUUUUGCCGGGUGCAUACGUCUGUCGUCUGUGUAUGUGUGUGUGUGAGACAAAGACGGAGCUUAUCAUGUUCAAAUGUCCCAAAGACAAUGUGAAAUAUAGAGAGGGUGACUCUAUGGAGCUGUUUUUUGGACAUGUGAAUGUAUGUCAAGGGGUGUGUGUCUGUCCUUUUCCCCCUUCUUCAUUUUCACUUUGUGCCGUUUGUGUAGUUUGUCAUUGACAACAUUUAUUCUGUUGUUGCCAAAGCUGGCUCUUUCAGACUUUGCCAGAACAGAACUUGCUUCCCCACUUGCCCACCCCCCCCCACCCUUAUUUCCCUUUUUACCUCCAAGAGGAGAGACGGCCUGGCUGCAUGCAUAUUUUAGUUCUUCAACUUUAUUCCUUCAGCUGUGGUUAUAUUUAACCUUCAACACUAAUACUAUUUUUUAUUUCUCUUAACCCUGAAUAUUUAAGUACCUGUGAACUUUUUUUCUUUUUAGUUGGGUUUUUAGCGUGUGACUCGCUGCCUGUGUGUGUGUGUGUGUGUGAGAGAACAGAUCAUUACUGUGAGACUGUGUAAACCCAUCCCUGUUGUAAACAUUACAAUCCUUUUAUAAGUGCAGGGGAUAAAGCCCAAACUGUGACCAUGGAGUCUUUUUGGGGCAAUCUGGACCUCGACAACCCUCUGAGAAGACUUCACACCCACGGAGCUUUUUCUGGAAGAUCAGACGUUGAUCUAACUCAGUGCGUGUGUGUCUGUGCGUGCGUGCGUGUGUGUGUGUGUGGGGUGGGGAUGGGGCGGUUUAACUUACGACGGUGACAUUAGUGUUAGACUUACUUGAACAAGAACGAGAAGUUGUUACUUAAGUAGAUCCUACUGUAAAGCAGAUAGAUCUCUCUCCUCCAGACCUCUACUUCCUGUAUUUCUGUGUUUUAAUGCUUCGUCUCUAUGCCAGUGGACUCACUCAUCUCACUAUGGCUGUACAUGUGCCUUUUAUUAAAGAUCAUGGAACCUGCA